AUGGCGGAAUCUUUUGCAACCGACAUUGCAAAAUCCCUUUUAGGGAAGCUAGGCUCUUUCACAGUUCAAGAAUUUUUUUUGGCAUGGGGACUUGAAGGUGACCUUGCACGUCUCAAAAAGAAAUUGUCAGCCAUCGAUGCUGUUCUUUCGGAUGCCGAGAAGCGACAGUCACAUAAUGACAAGAUUCGGCUUUGGCUUCAGGAGCUCAAAGAAGUCUUACUGGCUGAGAUUGCAUCUCUUAAGUCUGACUUUAACCUCAUCGAGCAGACUAUUGAUCAUAGUCAUGUCUUGCAUGAGGAAACAGAAAUGAGACAAUCCUUUGAGAGCUUUUCUGGUCUUAUUGGAAGAGACAAAGACAAGGAACGCAUCAUCAACCUUUUAGUAAAACCUUUUAAGGUUGGUGAUGAACAUCCUUUUGUCGUUCCAAUAGUUGGAAUGGGUGGUUUGGGGAAGACCGCUCUUGCCAAAUCGGUAGCUCUUCCCAAUUUUCCAAAUAAAUUAGAUCGUGUGCGAACACUUCUCUUUGCAAGUGAUCUAGAGGAGCCUAGAUGCAAAACAGACUUUGAGAAAUGUUUGACAGAAUUCAAGCAUUUGCGGUCGUUGGAAUUAUUGGAUGAUUGUGAAAUGCUUUCAGAAAGGAUUGGUGCUCUUAAACAUUUGAGAUAUCUCCAUUUGUCGAAGAAUUCAAAAUUGAAAAGGUUACCAAAAUCUCUUUUCAAAUUACAAAAUUUGCAAGCUCUGUUUCUCGGUGAUGGAUUGGAAGAGCUGCCCAAAGAUGUGAGGUACAUGAUCAGCCUUAGACUUUUACUUCUAAAUACCAAGCAGAAGCGAGUACCAGAAGGUGGGAUUGGGUUCCUGGAAUGUCUACAAGUUUUAUUCAUUGGCGAGUGUGAAAAUCUUGAAUAUUUGUGCGAAGAUAUGCAAGGUCUUAAAAGCCUUCGAAGAUUGGUUAUUGGUCAAUGUAAUAGCUUGAUCUCUUUGCCACGAAGCAUGAAAUACCUGACUGCAUUGGAGAUUUUGACUAUUUUCUGUUGUGAAAAGCUUGAUUUGGGUAUUUCAAUGGAGGAAGAGUACGAGGAAGAAAUUAAACCACUUCGCCUUCAGACUGUAAUGUUUGUAUGGUUACCAGCAACACUAGCAUUACCAGAACAGAUUCUUCAAAGAUCUACAGACUCCUUACAAACAUUUAUGAUUGGAGACUGUCCAAACAUUAGAGAAAUGCCAGAGUGCGUCGGCAAUCUAAAGAAACUCCAAGUGCUUCAGAUCUCGGGUUGUCCAAGUUUGGGCAAAAGGGGUAGGUUCAAUAGAACUGCGUCUGCUUCACCAGAGCAAAAGAGCAAGCCGCUUUCGUGUGGGUUUCUGCUGAUGGUUGUUCGGGAUCUUCAAUCUGUUCGUUCAAAUAAAGAUGAAGAAUGUGCACUGGAGAUUAAUUUCCUCUCUCUGUGUGCUCUUCUCACUGUUCCCGUUGGUGAUUCAUUUGGCUUUUCAUUGUUCGUUGCUGCUUUGGUUUCUUGUUCCACUCUUCCCAAGCCCGCAAAUAAAUUAGAUCGUGUGAGAUCAGUUCUCUUUGCAAGUGAUCUAGAAGAACCUAGAUGCAAAACAGACUUUGAGAAAUGUUUGACAGAAUUUAAGCAUUUGCGGUCGUUGGAAUUAUUGGACGAUUGUGAAUUGCUUUCAGAAAGGAUUGGUGUCCUGAAACAUUUGAGAUAUCUCAAUUUGGCUGCAAGUUCAAAAUUGAAAAGAUUACCAAAAUCUAUUUUCAAAUUACAAAAUUUGCAAGCUUUAUUUCUAGGUGGUCAAUUAGAAAAGCUGUCCAAAGAUGUGAGGUACUUGAUUAGCCUUAGAAUUCUUCUUUUAAGUACUAAGCAGAAGCGGUUGCCAGAAGGUGGGAUUGGGUUAUUGGAAUAUCUUCAAAUUUUUUUCAUUGGUGGGUGUGAAAAUCUUGAAUAUUUGUGUGAAGAUAUGCAAGGUCUUAAAAGCCUUCGAAGAUUGUAUAUUGUUCAUUGUAAAAGCUUGAUCUCUUUGCCACGAAGCAUGAAAUACCUGACUGCAUUGGAGAUUUUGAGUAUUUCCGAUUGUGAAAAGCUUGAUUUGGGUAUUUCAAUGGAGCAAGAAUAUGAGGAAGAAAUUCAACCACUUCGCCUUCAGAUUGUAAUUUUUGGAGGGUUACCAGCAACACAAGCAUUACCAGAACAGAUUCUUCAAAGAUCUACAGACUCUUUGCAAACAUUUAUUAUUGGAGACUGUCCAAACAUUAGAGAAUUGCCAGAAUGUGUCGGCAAUCUAAUGAAACUCCAAGCACUUAAGAUUUGGGGUUGUCCAAGUUUGGGCAAAAGGUGCCAAAUGGGAACUGGAGAAGAUUGCCCCAAGAUUGCUCAUAUCCCUGACAUUGAUGUUGACGAUGAUGAAGAAUCAUCUUAUUAG